AUGCCUGAGGCCCCUAAUGACAGCCCUUCUUCAUGGGCAAGCCGAGGCUCAUCAUUCUCUCCUUCGCUCCUUCCCACCGUCGGGGCCCCACUACUGAGCGACUACGCCGACCUUGAUGCAGAACACCAGGGCUACAGUUCUAUGUUCUCGAUGAUCCCUACAGUUCAGAAUGGUUCUCAGACUCAGAAUAGAGACCAUGGGGGUGUUCAUCAGGAUGUCCACGUGCACGCCAAUCGUGUUUCCUGGUCUAGCGGUGGACCGGCAAUGUUUUGGACGCCGCCGAUGCCUGCGACCACUCCUGGUAGUGUCCAGAGCACUGCCGAUUACCACAGAUACACAGAUGUGCACCAGUUGCCAACCAACAUAAUGCCAGAACCAUAUACCGAGCCUAUUGUAAACAUGCGUGAUGCGAUCACGGGGGUUGGAGCACUAAAUCCGGGCUCGGGCUCGAUUGUGUGGAUGCCAGAGAGCAUUGCUGAACCAAGACAGAACGGUCAACAUUGUAGGUGGGCGGGCUGCACACAUACCCAGCCUUUCAGACGGCCGACAGACUUGGUCAGACAUGUGGCAACCAUUCAUAUAACUCCACAAUCCUACCAAUGUCCGGAGUGUAGACAGCGGUUCAACCGCGGCGACAACAUGUCCGAUCAUCGGAUGCGCGUUCAUAACGUUCGCAGACCUUGAUAGGGAGGAAUCCCUAAUGCUGUUAUCCGCAUACUGUCAGUGGCUGGCUUUCCAUGACGCCUGGAGCUAGGACGUCUCGGUAUAUGUCUCGUGAUCUUUUCUUGCACUUUCCUUGCCUUUUCUGCUGUUUUCAUCGGGCUCUUACAGGCCGUUCCUUACUUUAGAUGAAGCGCGGCGUUGUUCAUUGCAUGACAGGUUGCACUGCAGCUCUUCCAUUUUGCGGCCAUUCACGGCGGAUCAUCAGUUCCUACUUGCAUUCAUUCUGAUAUUUACCCUUUCGGGCGUUUCACUGAG